AUGAUUCACGUGUUAAAUUUUAAUAGUGCUAAUUAAGCUUUUUCAAUCUGUAAAUUAAAAGAAAUACAACUAAAUAAUAUAUUAAACUUAUUAUAAGAUAUAAUUUAUAGAAUAAAUAAGAUGAAAUAAAUAAUUUAAAUAAUAUUUAUUUUUAUUCAGUUAAUCCUCUUUAUUGAAUGCAAAAAAUAUAAUUUAUUCCUAGAUUAGGAAGUACAUGAUAUAGACCCGUUAAGCUUAGCAGAUGAAGAUAUCGGUUAAGAAUACAAUCAUCUAAAUAUUACAAGAACAAGAUAAUAUUUAGUAGUAGAAAAUAUUGAUGAUUCAUAGGAUAUGUGCUGGAGUUUCUUUUUAGAAGAUUUUAUAGAUUUAGAUUUAGAAACUGAAAAUAGAUUUGUCAGAGCACAUUUUUAAAAACUGAAUAACACUUCUACAUUUAAUGUUAUAGGAUUAGAAUCUAUUGAGCAUAACAAAUUUAAAAGAAUAUUUAUUAAAUAAGAUGGAUAAAUUGGAUAUGCAUAUUCCGAUGAGAAAUUGAUUAGCAAAUCAGAUGAGAAAAUACUGAUUGCUAAUACAAUUCCUAUAGACUUCACUUUUAAAUGGAGUUAAGGUGAUACAAUUUAAAUAUUUUAUUUUGCAGAAGAAAAGUAAAUAUUGCUUUACAAUUAGAAUAAAGACAAUUUAUUUAAAUUCUCAGAAAGCCUUAUAGAUAAGCUUGGUAGAAAAUUUAAAAUAUUUAUUGGUAUAUCUUCUUUCAAUAAUUAAGUAAUAUUAAGUAAUUAUUUGUCAUGA